GAAAGCUAAAACGAAAACUGAUUCUAAUUUUAAUCAGUUUGGUUUUUAGCUUUUAUUUGCUGAUGAAAACUGGAAAACAUGGAAACUAUGAACACUACCUCAGUGGUCCAGUCAGACUGCCCCAACGUGGAAGUCCCCGUCCCUCUCUUCUUCACCAUUGGAUUAGUGAGCCUGGCUGAGAACCUCCUGGUUGUGGUGGCCGUCAUACGGAACAGGAACCUUCACUCGCCCAUGUACUGCUUCAUCUGCAGCCUGGCGGGCUUCAACACCAUUGCCAGCCUCACCAAAACCUGUGAGAACGUGAUGAUUGUGUUUGCCGAUGUGGGACAACUGGAGAAGAAAGGUUCCUCUGAGACCAAGCUGGACGAUGUGAUGGACUCCCUGCUGUGUAUGUCGUUCAUUGGCUCCAUUUUCAGUUUCCUGGCCAUUGCUGUGGAUCGUUACAUCACCAUCUUCCAUGCACUGCGAUAUCACAACAUCAUGACAAUGCGGCGCACCAGGGCCAUCUUGGUUGUCAUCUGGGCAACGUGUGGGGUAUCAGGUGUACUCAUGGUGAGGUUCUUCGAGUCCAUGAUCAUCAUGGUUUGCUUUGUCGUCUUCUUCAUCAUCUCCUUGGUGAUUAUCUACUUCCUCUACGUCUACAUGUUCAUGCUGGCACGCAUCCAUGCCAGGAAGAUCGCAGCUCUGCCCACCAGCAGCGGGAGGAAGUGUCGGGGCCAGCGGAGGUGGGGCAGCAGCAUGAGAGGGGCCUUGACUCUCACCAUUCUGUUUGGGACAUUCGUGGUGUGUUGGGCGCCGUUUUUCCUCCACCUCAUCAUCAUCAUGGUGUGCCCCACGAACCCAUACUGCGAGUGCUACCGAUCGCUGUUCCAGCUGCACAUGGUUCUGCUGAUGAGCCACGCCAUCAUCGACCCAGCCAUCUAUGCCUUCCGCAGCGCGGAGCUCAGACAGACCUUCAGGAAGAUGCUGCUUUGUUCAAACUGGAAAUAGCUGCCAUCUGUCCAUCCUUGCUGGCCGUCUAACCAUCCACCCCUCGUCCAUAAUUAUUUUCCCUCAAGACUUGGAUGCGAUCUCAUUUCACCCCAGGUGUCAGCCCCUGCAAAUCCUGUUUGAAAUCACCCAUCUGCAAAACAUUCGCAUGAGAAGCACCAUUUCCCAGAACCUACUUUACUCAAAGAACAUGUUAUUUUUUUACGUGGAUCAUAACAUUGAUUUCAUCAUCACGCUCAGGACCACAGUGCACCUCAGCUACAGAUAGGAACAAUAAAAAGACAGCACCUCUGCAUUUUGCUUUUAUUUAGACAUAUAUAAAUAAAAAUUCAUUUUAAGCAACAUGGCCAACACUGACUUCAAUCGCUUCAACUGUAGCGCACAUUUAUAUUUCUGCAUGCCACCACUUUACAGUUAACUAACAUGAAAUAUGUCCCCACAGCCGUUAACACUGUCUCACUGUACAUAAAUGUAAGACUGAGCAUGCAAUUAGUGUUCAACAUGUGGUCUUCACCUCUGUCCAGUGUCACAUCAUCAUCAUCUCAGUGGUUUUUGAUGCUGUCUGUGGGAGCAAGAACUAAGUACUUCACAAUCAACGGUAACAAGGUAAAGAUAUGUCAUUUUAUAGGUGAAUAUACAUUCUAUCACUCUUCAAACCCAUAGGGAAAAGAAAAAAACAUACAAAUAUAUUUGUAUCAUAUAUAAAU